AGGAGCACAAACGAACUCCCCCCUCCACCUCCAUAUUCACCCAAUUGCAGCGUGCCGGCGAGAUCGCGCGUAGGCUUUUUCUUCUUGCCGUUAGUUCCACGCUCUGAGUGCUGCUGCAUCCUCUCAUUUUCCUCGAUCCCCUCGACUUUUCGUAAGCGUCUUCGCCUUUGCCGCUUCGAACAUGAUUUGCCUUCCCGGUGUCCUUCUGGCGGUCGUCUGCAUCAUAUUGGAGGCGAUCGUCUUCUUCCUCUGCGUCAUUGGCACGCCCAUCGACGUGUACAAGUCGAAGGUCAAUACGUCGCCGCGGCUGUGCUACUCCAUGUGGGGCUACAAGCGCUGUGGCGCACACAAGGCGAACCCGGAUAAGCUGCCAAACAAGGGCUUCCCGACGUCCAACAUCCGCUCCACAAUGAAUGCCGCCGCCGCCUUUGCAAUCAUCUCCAUCUUCUUGGCGCUCGUGUCGAUGAUUAUGUCGGUACUGCUGGUGUGCAAGUGCCUGUCGCGCAUCAUCCCUGGUGUGUUCUCGGUCAUCGCCUUCAUCACGACGCUGAUUGUGUGGGCGUGCCAGGCCGGUGUGUACUACAAGAAGUACUCUGUCUCCUCUUUUGGCGUGGAGACGAAGAUCAAGAUAAAGGACGGCUUCAACUACGCCGGUUCUUUCGGUCUCUUUGUGGCUGCGUGGUGCCUGCAGACGAUUGAGAUGAUCCUCGUGUUCUUUGCGUGA